UGUUCUUUUUUUUGUGAGUCAAUCAUCUGGCGCGCUGCAACGCGAAUUUCAUCAUCUUUCGCGACCCCGAACAGGCGGAAGGGAUAAAGUGGGUUAAAAUCUCCCUUCUCCAGGGCUUAUCCACACGUGGACAAUAUUUGCCGGUGGCUGACGGAACGUGAAAACUAUCAGGAUGAGUAGUAAAGCUCCAUCGUUCAACGAGACUCACUCGGAUAAGCUCGCCCGUAAGGCCCGCGAAUCGCCCUUCAUGCCGAUCGGGAUUGCCGGACUGGUCGCGGUGUGUGCCAUCGGCGCUUACAAAUACAAGCACCGGGGAGCAAUGUCCACGUCCGUGUUUCUAAUGCAGUUGCGAGUGGCCGCCCAAGGCACAGUAGUUGCCGCCCUGUCCAUAGGUCUUGGCUACACGAUGGCAAACGAGUACAUCUUCAACAAAAAGGAUGACUAAUAAGGAGAGGCUAUUAGGAUACUCAAAGAAGUGUAAAUAAGUAUUAAUGAAUAGAGCAAGGCACUAUUUAUUCUCCGUUGAGUCCCACGGCCAAACCAAACCCGCCC